UUUAUAUUUUUAAAAUCAAUAAAUUUUUGAUUUUUUGUGUACCACACCACACCAAACCAUUACCCAAACACUUCCCUACAAAGAAACAAACACGUUCCCAUCAUCAUUCAUCAUCCUCUGAGAAACCUUUUAGAACUUGUCUCAACUGCCGUUCACUUCCCGGCGAACACUUUCCCUUACUUUUUCCUGCAGGCUGUUAUCUUAGCAAGUAACCGUUAAGUCUGUUAAUCUUUAUCUUUGAUUCUAUAUGCGCGGUUAAAUUGUAGUUUUUUUUUUUCAGUUUUUGAUGGAAAUGUUGUGAGGUAAGGGGAGGAAAAGAGCUCAGUGCUUUGAUUUUGGGGUUCUGUGAAAACUGGUCUCUUUUUCAUAUAUAACUUGGUUUGGUAUGUGGGUUGUUCUUAAUUGGAAUCAUGGAUGCGUUGGUGUACUGUUUUUGGACUUUUGGGGAAGAGCUGAAGCUGAUCGGUUGUAAUUAAUUAUUAUAGUUUUUCUAUUUAGGGUUUUGAAGCUAUCUCUAGCUGGGAUAGCGUUAAAGUUCGGGGUUUUUCUUGUUAAAUUGUGUUUUCUGAGGUUAAAUUCCUGGGUUUGGAUCUUCUCGUUAUCUGGGUUUCAUAAAUGGAGGCUAGAUUUGGAAGUGAAGCUCAUCAUUUUUAUGGUAUGAGUCCAGCAGAUUUGCGGGCAGUCGGGAAAAGGACAGUGGAGUGGGAUUUGAAUGACUGGAAAUGGGAUGGUGACCUUUUCAUUGCUAGCUCGAUAAAUCCGAUGUCUGCUGAUACCAUGGGAAGGCAGUUUUUUCCUCUGGGGUCUGGGAUUCCUGGGAAUUCAUCCAAUAGUUCUUCAUCAUGCUCUGAUGAAUUGAAUCCGAAAGCUCAGAAAGGGAAAAGGGAAUUGGGGAAGAAGAGAAGGGUUACUGUUGUAGAAGAUGACAGUUUGAAUGAGGAAACAGGUAGCCUUACUUUGAAGCUUGGGGGGCAAGGUGAUCAUGGCUAUCCAAUCAGCCAAGGGGAGAUGAAAAAUUGGGAGGGAACUAGUGGGAAGAAGACUAAGUUGAAUGGAGGAUCUGGAAAUCGUGCAGUAUGUCAGGUUGAAGACUGUGGGGCUGAUCUGACCAAUGCCAAGGAUUAUCAUAGACGGCAUAAAGUUUGUGAGAUGCAUUCUAAGGCUAGCAAGGCACUGGUUGGAAAUGUCAUGCAGCGAUUUUGUCAGCAGUGUAGUAGGUUUCAUGUUCUUCAAGAGUUUGAUGAUGGUAAGAGAAGUUGUCGCAGACGUUUGGCUGGCCACAAUAAAAGGAGGAGGAAAACUAACCCUGCCACUGUUGUGAAUGGCAAUUCACUGAAUGAUGAGCAGACUAGUGGUUAUCUACUGUUAAGUCUCUUGAAAAUACUUUCAAACAUGCAUUCUAACAGAUCUGACCAGACCACAGAUCAGGAUGUGCUACCUCAGCUUCUACAGAGCCUUGCAAACCAUACUGAUGAACAAGGAGGAAGAAACAUAUCUGGGCUUUUGCCAGAACCUAAAGGUUCAGAAGCUGGUUCGGCUUUGUUUUUGAAUGGUGAAGGCCCUCCUCGGCCUUUUAGGCAGCACAUCACUGAAGCUGCAUCAGAGAUGCCACAGAAAGGAGUUCAUUCUCAUGAUGCUAGGGUUACCAAUGUCCAGGGCAAUGCAGCUGGAUCGGUCAAGAUGAAUAAUUUUGAUUUGAAUGACACAUAUAUUGACUCAGACGAUGGUGCAGAUGACAUAGAAGGGUUUCCUGCACCCUUAAAUAUGGGGACUAGCUCUCUUGAUUGCCCUUCAUGGGUCCAACAAGACUCUCAUCAGUCAAGUCCACCACAGACCAGUGGGAAUUCAGAUUCAGUAUCUGCCCAAUCACCUUCUAGUUCUAGUGGUGAUACUCAGAGCCGUACCGAUAGGAUUGUGUUUAAAUUAUUUGGGAAAGAACCAAAUGAUUUUCCUCUGCUCUUGCGAGCACAGAUUCUUGACUGGCUAUCUCAUAGUCCCACUGACAUCGAGAGCUAUAUUAGGCCCGGUUGCAUUGUUCUGACAAUUUACCUUUGUCAAUCCAAGGCUGCAUGGGAUGAGCUUUGCUGUGAUCUGAGUUUCAGUUUGAAUCGGCUUCUAGAUUGUUCAGAUGACACUUUCUGGAGGACUGGAUGGAUUUGUACAAGGGUUCAAGAUCAGAUAGCUUUCAUUUAUAAAGGUCAGGUUGUCGUAGAUACAUCUUUACCUCUCGGAAGCAACCAUUCUAGUAAAAUUAUGAGUGUCAAGCCAAUUGCUCUAUGUGCAACUGAGAGAGCUAAAUUUUCGGUUAAAGGUGUCAAUCUGUCUCAGCCAGCCACAAGGUUGCUCUGUGCAGUAGAAGGGAAGUAUCUGGUCCAGGAAGCUACUCAUGAGUUGAUGGAUAGCCAUGAUGAGUUCAAGGCGCAGGAUGAACUUCAAUAUCUUAACUUUUCUUGCUCUAUCCCCACUGUGACUGGAAGAGGAUUCAUUGAGAUUGAAGAUGAUGGUUAUAAUAGCAGUUUCUUUCCUUUCAUAGUUGCGGAGGAUGAUGUUUGUUCAGAGAUCCGUAUGCUUGAGAGUUUACUGGAGAUUACUGACGCUGAAGCAGCUGUUGACAGAACUGGAAAAAUGGAAGCCAAAAAUCAAGCCAUGGACUUCAUUCAUGAAGUUGGUUGGCUGCUUCAUAGAAGUCAAUUGAAGUCUAGAUUGGGCCACUUGGAUCCUAACUCAGAACCCUUUUCUCUAAGGCGGUUUAAGUGGCUUAUGGAGUUCUCUAUGGACCAUGAAUGGUGUGCUGUUGUAAAGAAACUCUUAAAUGUUCUUCUUGAUGGAGUAGUGGGUUCAGGAGAGCACCCUUCACUUAACCUUGCAUUAACAGAGAUGGGUCUUCUUCAUAGAGCUGUUAGGAAAAAUUGUAGACCUCUGGUGGAACUCUUUUUAAGAUUCAUCCCUGAGAAAGGUUCAAGUAGAUUAGGAUUGGAGAACGAGAUGGUAGCUGGUGGGAUUCAUGAAAGCUUCUUGUUUAGGCCUGAUGCCCUAGGCCCUUCAGGUUUGACUCCUCUUCACAUUGCAGCUGGUAAAGAUGAUUCUGAGGACGUACUGGAUGCAUUAACUGAUGAUCCUGGAAAGGUCGGCAUCGGUGCUUGGAAGAGUGCUCGAGACAGCACUGGCUCUACACCUGAAGAUUAUGCUCGUCUACGUGGCCACUACUCAUACAUCCACCUCGUACAGAAGAAAAUUAAUAAGAGACAUUCUGAGCAUGUGGUGGUUGACGUUCCCGGUCCCCUCUCUGAUUGCAGCACAAACAGGAAGCAAAAUAACGAGUCAACUUCUAGCUUUGAGAUUGGCCAACUAGAAUUAAGGUCCAUGAAGCGACAUUGCAAGCUUUGUGAUCAAAAGCUGGCCUAUGGGUAUGGAACAGCCAGCAGGUCAUUGGCAUACAGGCCUGCGAUGCUAUCAAUGGUAGCAAUAGCUGCAGUAUGCGUGUGUGUUGCUCUACUAUUUAAGAGCUGUCCUGAAGUUCUGUAUGUUUUCCGUCCCUUCAGGUGGGAAUUGUUGGACUAUGGAACUAGCUGAAGUCCAAUAACUCUUCCUAAGUCGUUAACAUUUAAUAGGUGGCUUGUAUGUAUCUGUAAUCCGUUUUACGGUAGAUUGUAAAAGUAAAAUUGAGAUGUGGUGUAUAACACCAGUGUUUGGACCAAGUUCCGGAUGCAGUAAUAUUGUUUACACACACGUAGCAUACAUAUUUAUUUGUGGGUCAGUCGUCAAUGGAAUGUUAUCAAUAUAUUAACAUUAUACAUCA